AUGGGCUGCGCGCAAUCCACAGAAGACUCCGCCGCCAAGGCCAGGAGCGCCGAAAUCGACGAGCAGCUCAAGCGAGACCGCGCAAACCUCAGGAAUGAGAUCAAGAUGCUCCUUCUCGGUGCUGGUGAAUCCGGAAAGUCCACCGUCCUCAAGCAGAUGCGCCUCAUCUACAACAAGCCGUACGAUGCCGAAGAACGCGACUCGUAUAGGGAAAUCGUCUACUCCAACACUGUCCAGUCGAUGCGUGUGCUCCUCGAGGGGGUCCAGCUCAUGGACAUCGCCAUCGAGCCUUCAAACCAGCCCCGAUGGGAACUCAUCAUGGCCGCGCCACCCCAGAUUGAGGGCGACGUCUUCCCCGCCAAGCUGACCGAUGCCGUGUCUGGGCUUUGGUCCGAUCGGGGUGUGCAGCAGGCGUUUGGCAGGAGGAACGAGCUGCAGUUGAACGAUUCGGCGCCAUACUACUUUGAAGCCAUCGCGAGAAUCGCCCAACCCAACUACAUGCCCAGCGACCAGGAUAUCUUGAGAGCUCGUGUCAAGACGACGGGUAUCACCGAGACGCACUUCAAGAUUGGUGAACUCACAUACAAGCUUUUCGAUGUCGGUGGUCAGCGUUCCGAGCGACGAAAGUGGCUCAACAUCUUUGACUCUGUCACCGCGCUCGUCUUUUUGAUCGCCAUCAGUGAAUACGACCAAAAGCUGUACGAAGACGAAACGGUCAACCGUAUGCAAGAAGCCAUGACCCUCUUUGAGUCUGUCGCCAAUUCUCGCUGGUUCACCAAAACCUCCAUCAUCCUUUUCCUCAACAAGAUUGACAUUUUCCGCGACAAACUCCCCGUCUCGCCCCUCCACCACACCUUUCCCGAUUACAGGGGUGGGAGCAACUAUGAUGCGGCGUGUACUUUCUUGUUGGAAAAGUUUGUCGGCCUCAACAAGAACCCGUCAAAGAGUAUCUAUGCCCACUAUACAGACGCGACAGAUACCAAGGCGUUGAAAUUCGUCAUCUCUGCUAUCAACGAUGUCAUCAUCCAAGUCAACCUUCGCGACUGUGGUCUCCUCUAG